GCAGCCAAUCACAACCUCCCACAGCAUCGCCGCAGCCAAUCAGAAGGCCGGGCGACUAGUAGUCCUAGUCUCUGCUGGCUGUCUCCCUGGCCCAUCGCUGUUUCGGGUAAUGAGAGGUCGGGGUGUCCAUGGCUGCCUGCUAGCUGGAUGUCACGCCGGUACCGGAAGCUUGUGCCCUGACUCCAGCAGUCACCACACACUAUCUUCUGCAUCAGAAACUAUCCGUCAGCCAAUGAAACACCACGUCGAUACCCCGUGUCACCUAUUACUGUGAGUCCCCGCAUGCAAAGCUCAACUGAAGGUAGGUAUUGGAUUCCAGGUGUAAAAUGGUGACACUUAAGAUGUUUGUUACAGUCAUGAAAAACAUCUGCAGGCUUCUGAUGGUCUAUGUCUUCGUGUUUACUUACCUUGUGCCUGUGGAAGCUGACAUUCAAGCAUUCUCCUCUGACAAUGUAUCCAGAACCUUUGACGACCUUCCUGCAGGGUUCGGAUAUAGACUUCCAAGUGAUGGAUUAAAGGGUUUGUUGGUGACCUCGAAACCGGAGAAUGCAUGUGAGCCAAUAUCUCCUCCUCCUAUUCAAAAAGACAAUAGUUCCAGCUUAUACGUUGUACUUAUUAGAAGACUGGACUGUAACUUUGACUUAAAGGUACUGAAUGCACAAAAGGCUGGCUACAAGGCUGCCAUAGUAUACAAUGUGGAUUCCGAUGACCUUAUCAGCAUGGGAUCCAAUGAUUUGGACAUUCUGAAGAAGAUUGACAUUCCAUCUGUAUUUAUUGGGGAGUCUUCAGCGCGUGUUAUGAAGGAAGAAUUCACAUGGGAUAAAGGUGCCCAUAUUAUUUUAAUCCCUGAAGCCAACUUGUCAUUGGAGUACUACCUAAUACCGUUCCUGAUUAUAGUUGGGAUCUGUCUGGUUCUUAUUGUUAUCUUCAUGAUCACUAAAUUUGUGCAAGACAGACACAGAGCAAGGAGGAACAGACUCCGUAAAGAUCAACUAAAGAAACUCGCCAUACAUAAAUUUAAGAAAGGGGAUGAAUAUGACGUGUGUGCAGUAUGUCUGGAUGAAUAUGAGGAAGGAGAUAAACUCAGAGUCCUGCCCUGCUCACAUGCCUAUCACUGCAAGUGUGUUGACCCUUGGCUGACCAAGGCUAAGAAGACUUGUCCUGUUUGCAAGCAAAAGGUUGUCCCAUCACAAGGAGACUCUGAGUCUGAUUCAGACAGCAGCCAGGAGGAAAACGACAUCUCUGAAAACACACCCUUACUGCGUCCUGUUGCCUCUGCUAGCACUCAGUCGUUUGGGGCCAUAUCUGAAUCUCACACGCAACCAAAUGUGGUAGAGUCAUCUGGUGAAGAUGAUGAUGAUUUUGGGGAGGGUGGUGGUCGUGAUGGUGAUGACGACGAUGAUGACAGUGAUAGCAGCGAUGAGGAGCAAUACACAGAAAGUGUGGUGGUUCAGCUGCAGCAUAACAUGGAAAGGGAGACGAGGGAUAGGAAUACGGUUUGAGUUUUCUGGUGACCUGGGUAGGAUAGCUACCUAUUAUGCAUCAGCAAAGACUAUUUUCUUAUUCUAGUAGUGAACCAUUAUGAAGUUGGGCACAUUAAUUUAGGUUUAAAUCUUUCAAUUAUAAAAAUUGCUUCAGUUUCUAGCAUUGGAUGACUGGCUUCAUACUAUACUGAAUAUAUGUAUUGUACUGAAUAUUUAAGUAUGUGGAAUUGCAAAGAUACAAUUGGAUCGGUGCUUGCGAGUUUCCUUUAAACACAGGUCACAGAAGGGUACGUGACCCUGCAAUAUUUGCAUGGUUUACCCUAUCAUGCCCUAACGAAGCAUGGGCUUCAUGAGAACCUUUGUGUGUAGGUGUUUGGGGAAAAUAAAUGAGGAGAAACUCAAGACACAAUUUUAAUUUUUUUUUAAUGCUAUGCACACUGUGCUUGCGUUACUAAGGCUUUAAUAAAUAUGUAUAUAUAUUCAGAAUGUUUCAAAUGCUUUACGAACAGUCCAUGUCUCCAAGCGGAUUACAGAUGGCUUGAAAAUAGACGUACUGACCAUAUUACUCAGAUAAGCCAUACCAGUGCAUGAUAUGCAUAUUAAACAUCACCCCGUGGGUAAUGAACACGUAGGUACAUUUUCAAUUAUUUACAAAGCAGUCUGGUGAUCCAUAGUGCAAGAGCAAGUAAUAGAUAAAUCCAAGUCACUGGUUACAACAGUAAGUGCUGUAGGGGUGGGUUGCACA